AUGCCGCUACAGACGGCCUGUCAGGUGUGCGGCCCACGCGCGGGCGUGGCGCCCAAGUCGCUGGUCAAGUGCCCGCGCUGCCAGGUGGUGCUUUACUGCGGGCGCGAACACCAGAUCGCGGACUACUACGCCUCGCACAAGGGCUUCUGCAGACUCGUCGAGAAGUUACGCAGCCUGAUGGAGAUGGAGGCUGUCCAGAUCAGCGAGGCCGACUGGACGACACCCCGAACGCCUUUGAGACGCUGGGGGAUCCUCAACACGCGCCCGUACAUGCGCGCCAAGCUGGGGGUGAUCCGCGCGCUGUCCGUGAUGGACUCGCGCCCGGCCAUUGAGGCGGCGCGGGCCGAAGCUAAGGACUCCCUGCGCCUGUGCCGCAGCGACAACGUCGGCAUUCGCUAUCUGGUCUACCAGGACUCGCACUACGACUGGGGCAACAUGGAGCUGCCGUACCUGGACAUCCACGGCGCCGACAUGGCCGAAGAGGAGAUGCCGGUGGAAUACGGCGACGUCUUCUUCACGAGUGCCAUUGUGUACAUCAAGAUGACGCUGGCCAAGGCCGUCCGAGACGCCAUUGUGGCGCACAAGCUGGCGGAUCGCGCAUCGCUUCCGGCGGUCGUGACUGGCUCGCUGAGGGCGUUCCUAGCACCGAAUGGACACAAGCGCAGCCUCGUGGACCUCAAGGGGCUUUACAAGAAGCUCACGAGGUAG